AUGCGGGGGACGGCGCCGAGCUCGUUCUCAUCACAGACGCAGUUCAGUAGGAAAGCUUUCGCCUGGGGCAACCCAGAUGCCCAGCAGAAGCAAGAAGCCAAGAAUGGCCAAGGAGGCCAAGAGGAAAGCCAGAACCGGACCUACGAGAUCCUCGCGAAGACGGGAACGGUUAAGGCCGAGCCGCACAUGGAUGCGAAGCUGAAGACCAAGAAGUCCAAAGGAAGCAGGUUUCUCGUCUCUGAGAUGACGAUGAAUGGCUGGUUGAAGCUUGAAAACGAGCCGGGCUGGUUAGCAGCUCACCUCCGAGGCGUGCAGGACAUUGGAGAGGUUGCAGCGCCGCUUGAGACCGAGCCGAUGCUGGAGCUGGCAGUGCCGGUCUACCAGCCGCAGGGCAUGGUGUGCCUUGAAGUGGUCUUCAAGACCGGUGUCCCGGUCAGGGAGGCACCAAACCGAAGGGCAAAGACCGUGGCAACGCUCAAGUGCGGUGAGUUUGUCUUCGCCCAUACUCAGAACUUUGAUGGUUGGCUAAAGCUCUCCGGCAAGCCCGAGGGCUGGGUGCUGGCGAACGACUCCGACUGGGGCGAGCUCCUCCGGCGCCGAAGGCGCAUGAACGACAUCGACCUAUGGGCUCUUUGCGAUGCCUGGGCGGCUGACCUUCUCAAAACAGAGACAUGGAUGCGUCAGCGUAUCUUCGCCCAUGUCCUAGAGAAGAAGUCCAAGACCGGUGAGGGCUGGCUUCGGGAGCUCAUCUCCGGGUUCAAGCUGUCCUCUCGUGUGCCCCCACUGCCAGGCAUCCAGGGGGACCAGGAAGAAGAUGAUUACUACGCGGAGCAGCAGGCUCAGCAGGCUACGUCGCAAGCCUUCUCCCAGGGACUGCGCCAGGGCUUCAUGAGCAGCAAGCCCGGGGGACAGCAAGGCUACGGUGCUUUCGAUCCGGCAUUUGAAGGGACCAAGCCUUUCGAGUACAAAGGCAAGAUGUACACAAUGGCGCCAAAUGGCGUCAUGUUUGAUCCACCGAACCAGAUCCCCAUGGGUAUUUGGAAUCCCGACACUCAGCGACUGGACCCGGCUGCCGGAAUGAUGCCUGGCUGCCCUUACCCUGCUAUCUCCUACCUGGGUCGGACGUACAUCCUACUCCCAGACCAGCGCCUAUUGGAUCCGGAGACCGAAGACAUUGUCGGGACCUUCAAUCGGGAGACGAGCGAAAUAGACUUGCAGAAUCCUACGCUGCUUCAACAGGUGGGCUCCUUGAAGGAGCUGGGUUCAGAUCCUACUCUCCCCAACGAUUCGGAACCCCUUGACAUCCAUGAGUACAUCGAGCGCGGAAACCAGAUGGUAAAGGCCGGGAGGUUCAAGGCAGCCGCAGGCCUCUUCUCCGAGGCCCUGAAUGCCUGCUCGUCCGCACGCGCCGUGGAUCUCGACCUGGAGACGGACAUCAUCAAGUCACGUGCCAAGUGCUGGAAAGCUCUGGGAUGUUUCCAGGAGCUGAAGGAUGAUUCCUCCAAGGUUCUGAAGUUGACGGGGAACCGUGACGCCGAUGCCUUGCAAUGGCACAGAGCCGCAGAGGAGGGCCUCGCGUACAAAAGCCGUCGGCAAGCGCUCCACCCGCGAGAAGAAUGA